CUUUUUAUACCAUACUGUGAUUUAAGACAAUUUUCCGACUGGCACGAAUAGACUAACAAUACUAAAAAAAAACAUGUCAGCCCUCAUUGGACUGUGACGACGGUCUUACCUCUAGCCAGGAAGACGUUUGCAAAAGCAACAUUCUUUGCUUGCAUUUGAAUUCAGGAUGGCAUCCUCAGAAGAUGUACUGCUGAUUGUCAGUCAAGUGAAGCACAAGAAGACAGACGGAAGUCUUUACUUGAUGGCAGAAAGACUAGCAUGGCAGGGAGAACAUGCCGACCAUUUUGCUAUAAGCUACCUCUAUGCAGAUAUACGACAACAAAAAAUUAGUCCAGAAGGCAAGCCUAAGAUACAGUUACAAAUUGUACUGCAUGAUGACAAGGCAGCCACAUUCCUUUUCAACAAUCAAGAAGGUCAAAGUGCACAGUUACAAGAUCGUAACUCAGUUAAAGAAUUACUUCAGCAACUUCUACCAAAGUUUAAAAACAAAACUAAUAAGGAACUGGAAGAGAAAAAUAGAAUGCUCAAGGAAGAUCCAAAAUUGUAUCAUCUGUACAAAGAUUUAGUAGUAAGUGGUGUAAUUACUGCUGAAGAAUUCUGGUCAUCACGUAAAGAGGUCGUUGGGAUGAAAAAUAACCAGCAAGUUGGUGUAUCCGCAGCGUUCUUAGCUGAUAUCAAGCCGCAGUCAGAUGGCUGUAAUGGUGUUAAGUACAAUCUUACUGUUGACGACAUUCAAGCUAUAUUCAAAACUUAUCCAGCAGUAAAGAAAACGCACAUGGAAAAGGUUCCUGGUGAGAUCAGCGAAAUGGAAUUCUGGAAGCGGUUCUUCCAGUCACAUUAUUUCCAUCGGGAUCGGAUCAAUACGGGUAGCAAAGACUUAUUUUCAGAAUGUGCAAAGAGUGACGAGCAAGAGAUGAAACAUGAUAAAGAGCAUCAAAUAAAUGACCCACUACUGAACAUAGAACGUAUGGAAGACAGUUCAUUUGCUCCAGGCUAUGGACAUUCAGCUGACAAACAAACCUCGUCAAGUACAUCCGUAGAUGCAGCAUUAAUCAAGAGAUUUAAUCACCACAAUACCAGGGUACUAAGUGUCACAGAAUUUAUGAUAUCAGCAGUUGUACCGAACCGUUUAACAAGUUCAGUGAUGAGUGAACUGACACCAGGAGGGCUCUUGAUGGCUUCUAGCAGUCAGAAACCAUUACACUCCCUUUAUAGCCAGGAUGUUCAACGGGAAAUGAAACGCUUAUAUACCGCCCUCUCUGAGCUACUACGCCAUUUUUGGGCUUGUUUUCCAGUCACAAAUAGGUCAUUAGAGGACAAGUUGUGUCGUAUGAAAGCAAAUCUAGAACAAUUUCAAGAGAAAAAGCUGAAUCCAUUUAAAUCUGAUUUGGCAAGACAACAUAUUGGAGCAAAUCUUACCUUACAUAUAGAUGCCCUAUUGGAAAGGGCAUUCAGCAAGUUUAACACCUGGCAAGCAAAGAAAUUAGCGAGCGGAUUGAGGAGGUGACAUCCCCUCGCUUUCCCUCGACCGUUACGAACAACUCAACAUAUAGAUACAAGUUAUAUUGAAUGCAAUAAUUAUUCUCUCUAGGUAUUGAUGACGCUAUACACCAUUAAUAUGUACAUUAUGUUUCCUUUAGAAUUCAAGUUUAUUUUUUUUCUAAACACAUGUACAUGGGUUUGCACAUUGUAUGAUGCUUAAGUAUUCAAAAUAUAAUUAAACCAUACAAAAAAAACCUGAUAAAUGUCACUGUAAAAUGAUAAAGAAAACUGUUAAUAAUAAAGUGAUCAAUAAUAAAA